UUCUUUGUAGAUGAGGAUAUGAAUGGUGCAAUUGACCACGAAGAGCUAAAAAAAUGUGUCCAACAGCUUCAAGUUUCUUUCACAGAGGAGGAGAUAACCGAUCUCUUCAACGCCUGCGAUAUCAAUCAGGAUAUGGGAAUCAAAUUCAAUGAGUUCAUUGUACUUCUUUGCCUUGUCUAUCUUCUCAAGGACAAUGCUAAUGGACAUGAAUCUAAAUUGCGAAUUGGAAUGCCGAAUUUGGAGGCCACAUUCGAAACUUUUGUUGACGCAUUCGUGUUCUUAGACAAGAACAGGGAUGGUUUCGUCAGCAAUAAUGAGAUGGUUCACGCCAUCAAUGAAUCCGGGGAUCGUUCGGCUGGGAAAAUAGCCAUGAAAAGAUUUGAAGAAAUGGACUGGGAUCAAAAUGGAUCGGUGAGUUUCAAGGAGUUUCAUUUUGCUUUCACAAACUGGGUCGGAAUCGAUGACGAGGAAGAUGAAGAGGAAUAAGGAACUGCUUGAAUC